CCUAUCAAAAAGGGAUUACAGGAAGCAGUGGUGACGAUCUUGCAGCAAGGACAGUAGCUGAGUGGAAGGAAGCGGUUCUGCUGGCUCCGCCGCCCUCCACCCCCGAGGCGCUGCCCGCCCCCUGCCAGUAGCACUCCUUUAAAUGGCUCAGGGCGCUAGGGAGGGGUAGGCGGGUCCGGCGUCUAAGGGCGGGGGCCGGUGGCUACGCCCAGCCAAUCGACGUCCCGCGGCGGGCAGGUCUCCAGCCAAUCGCGGCUCGGCUAUGGGGCAGGAAUGGGUGGGCCCGAAGCCAGACGGAGAGGCCCAGCCGCGGUGAGCGAGGCCCCAGCCCGUCACUGGUGGGUCCCGGCACUGGCUGGUCACGACGCUGCGGGCGUUCCUGAAGGUGGUUGGGGCGAUCCUGGCAGCUGAGGUGAAGAGCGAUCGCCUGACUUGGGAAUCUACCUUGGGCCGGAGGAGGGAGAGGCGCGCCCCGGUGAUUUGCGGAGGCGGGGUCUGGGGCAUCAUGGUGGGAGGCCUGAAGCGGAAACACUCUGAUUUAGAAGAGGAGGAGGAGGAGGAGGAGAGGUGGGAGUGGAGUCCAGCAGGCCUUCGGAGCUACCAGCAAGCCCUGCUCCGCAUCUCCCUAGACAAAGUCCAGCGCAGCCUGGGCCCCCGAGCACCCAGCCUCCGCAGGCAUGUGCUCAUCCACAACACCCUCCAGCAGCUGCAGGCCGCACUUCCCCUGGCUCCUGCCCCUGCCCUGCCCCCCGAGCCCCUCUUCCUGGGCGAGGAGGAUUUCUCCCUGUCGGCCACCAUUGGCUCUAUCCUCAGGGAGCUGGAGACCUCCAUGGAUGAGACUGAGCCCCCUCAGAAUCCAGUGGCUCCCUUGAGCCUCCAGAAUGAAGUGCCACCCCAGCCUGAUCCAGUCUUCUUAGAAGCUCUGAGCUCCCGGUACUUAGGGGACUCUGGCCUGGACGACUUCUUUCUGGACAUUGACACAUCUGUGGUGGAAAAGGAGCCUGCAUGGGCCCCACCGGAGCCUCCUCACAAUCUCUUCUGUGCCCCAGGUUCCUGGGAGUGGAAUGAACUGGAUCACAUCAUGGAAAUCAUCCUGGGAUCCUAAAACUGUGAUGCAGGGAAUCCUUCCUGUGUCAUCUUCAGGGGGGCUGGAUCAUUGAAUGCAACUCUGGGUGUGUUUUUGUGGGGGCUCUAAGCACCGACUAUGGCCUCCUUUCCUCCCAUUUCAGGGUUCCACAAACUGUCUUGCGUGUGUGUGUGUGUGUCUGUGUCUGUGUCUGGUUACCCCGGCCUUCUGUGAAGGUGGGUCUUCUUGAAUUAAUUUAUCUGUUCCAAAUGCCUUAAUGAGACUCUGUUCCUAGGAGUCUGAUUUUCCACUUACACAUUUCUUCCGCCUUUCCCACUCGUUCCCACUCCCCUGUGACCACUGGGGCCUCAGGGAAGAUAAAGAAAGCUGGGCCUGUAGAAGAAUGGCAGGGAUGUGCCGCCAUGACGCUGCAGAAACCCAGGCUCGGCUUCUUGCACCUUGAGGGGUGGGAGGGGCUGGUCUCCUCCCUCCAGGCUGAACCCCACUUCCUUGGCAGGACCCCAGUCUCUGUAGCCUCCUGAUUUCAGAGCCUGGCCGGACCACGUGCAAUAGGGUAGAAACCAAACUGCUCCAUGCCACGUUAUUUAAAAAGAAAGGCAGAAUUUGUGGUGGCUUUUUUUUUUUAUUGUUUGUAAUUUUUUUAAAUAAAAGUAUUUUGGAAGGAG